AUGCGUCUCACGUCUGCUGGCAUUUAUCAGCUUGAUCAGGGGACGAGCCACUUUCUUCGAACUGCGGAAAAAGAAAUUCACUCUGUCAGCUGUAUCGUAGCAGAGGCGAGACAUGGGUAGUCAGAGCAGUGAUGGCCAAUCACAUCCUUGGCUGCGUCAUAAGACAUGAACCAGCCAGGGUAUUAAUAACACUGCGUUCAUGGUGCAUGCAUUCAGAGAGACGACUGCCUUUGGAUUCUUGUACCUCUUUGCUUUGCAAGCUCAGAGCACCAUGUGUCAGGGCUGCCACCAUCCUCCUUUGGCAAACAGACUCCGGGCCCUCCCGGUGAGGCACGAUGGUGGAACUGCCCUGAUCAGGCAGAGGAGCUCUAACCCAGAGGUCUUCACCUUUGACACCAUUCCAGAGGUCCACCCCAUCCCGGCCACCCAUACCCGACUCCGAAGCAAAAGACGGGCUGUUAAAAUCCUCUACCCAGCGCAGGUCAGGAAAUAUCUUCCACCUGAGAAGAAGGACUGGGCCAAGAGGAUGCUUCUCCUUUUCCUGUCUGUGGUCAUUGUCCAGGUGUACACUGCCACAGAGGUGAACGAGGAAGUCAACAAUGUGGUCAUCACACCAGUUGCACCAGGUGGACCGGAGGCCAACCUCAGCAGAGAAUGGGCUCUAGGGGUCUCGACUUCAUCAGAGGAGCUCUUCAUACCCAACAACGGCAGUGUGACCUUGCUGCCAAAACUGCCUGCGAGGGGGGUCGACGGCAUCAGCCGAGCAGUCACCAAUCCACCAGAGAUAGUGAUAUGCUACGGAAUGAGAUCUGGACCGAUGGCCCUUGGAAGGACACUUCCCAAAUGGCACUGUGUCACCUCCAGCCUCCAGUAAAAGCAAGGUGGGAAUACUACACAACCCAGAUGACACAUCCAGUGCGGAGAGGAUGCAAGAGCCACGGUAAUAAGAAACAGUCAAAGGAACACUGGAACUGUCAACUUCUCCUCAAGAUGGUCCUGACUGGACAAGAUGUAUAGUCCUCAAAAGGGUUAACUAGGAAAAUCCCAAUCAGACUUAUGUACAUUGAACGAAUCUUGCAUGGGUACAUUUACCUACUUGCAAGCGUUUGCUAACAGUAGUGGCUUGUGGAGCAAUAAAGUAUUGUGGAGCAUUUGGCUCCUUGAGGGCUUGGAGGUCUUUAUAAAAGGCAAUUACUGUUGAGUAUCAAGUACAGAGACAAUGAACAUAAAUAUUGGCCAGCUUACAAUUUUAUCAGCAACCAAUCCACACCCCCCUCCCUCAACUCCAUCCUGUGUACAGCUUAAUAUCCUUAAUAACUGCUGUUAAUUUAACAUUUUCUAUCUAUUUAUAUAAACUUACUGUGUAAGUGAAUUGAUUGAUUGAUUGAUCCAGCACCUUUGGUGGGAAUCAAAUGUAGUUUGAAAAAAGGAGUGGUCAGUGUACACUGAGGACUUAUAUGUAAAUAUAUUGACUGAUAAUGUAAUUAUAUUGACAGCCACCGUGUAAUCUGUGGGUGUCAUUCUCAGUCAUGACUCAGUAUGUUCCGUGAACAGCCAUCAAUAAAUUAUACUUGCAAUAA